CCGAAACACCAAACAUAUCCAAACUUCUAACAAAAAAUAUUUAUUGGACAUUAAUAAAAAGGGUGCAAAACAGAAACCAAACAAAACAAGAACGUUAUUUCAGCUUUGCUCUUUUUCUCUGUAUCUCUUCGUUGAACUAAUCGAAUUGGGUUGUCAUGAUACGAUGUAGUCGUUUUCGGUUGAAAGGGUGGCAGCAGGCUGCUGUUGCAGUUGGUUCUGCAGUUGGUGCAUUGUUAGAUCCUCGAAGAGCAGAUCUUAUUGCUGCUUUGGGUGAGACGACGGGGAAACCAGCUUUUGAUAGGGUUCUUGAAAGGAUGAAGAAGAGUCCUGAAGGCAGAGAAAUACUGUUGGAGCGACCUCGUGUGAUCUCUACAAAUGUGGGGCAUGCAUGGGACCUGCCUGACAACACUUUUGGUGCUGCAUACGCAAGGUUCAUGGGAUCUAGGAACUUUUCACCAGAUGAUCGCCCACCAGUGCGAUUCAUGGAAACUGAAGAGUUAGCAUAUGUAGCUAUGCGUGCUCGUGAGGUGCAUGACUUCUGGCACACCCUUUUUGACCUUCCAACAAACCUGAUCGGAGAAACAUCACUAAAAGUGAUCGAGUUUGAACAGAUGCUACUCCCCAUGUGUUUGAUGUCUGUGCUAGGGGGUACAGCAAGGUUUAGUGACAAGCAAAGGAGCUUAUUUUACCAGCAUUACUUCCCAUGGGCGCUUAAGGCUGGAGCUCGUAGCACAGAUCUUAUGUGUGUUUACUAUGAAAAACAUUUUCAUGAGGAUUUGGAAGAUGUUCGUCGUAAAUGGGGAAUAAUUCCAGCUCCACCUCCUCCAAGACCAAAUGCAACAAUAGCUGUACCUCUUUGAAGAGGAAUUGAAACUAUUAGACUUUCCUGCAAUUUGCUCUAUACGAACAAACGUAGAUAUCUAUAUAUGAGUGUAGUAACACAAACCUUUUAAGGUUUUUGUGAGUUAUUUUCUUUUGUUCUCAUUUUCAUUUGUACUUGUUAGUUUGUGGGAUGAAAUGCUCUUUUUAUCACACCAUUGUUAUAGAACCAACCAAAUACUUGCUGUGAAACCAU